GAGGAGGCCGAGCGCAUGGAGGACGAGGAGCAGGAGCGGCUGCUGAGCUACUGGCAGAGCGUGGGCAGGGGGCACCAGGUGGACGUGCCCCGCGACAUGGCAGAGCCGAUCCAGCAGCUGACCAGAAGUAACAAUCCCCAGGACAGACGGACCGUCCCAUUUACCCUGAUCCAGCGCAAAGAAAACCUUGGAGAUCUGCUUUAUGAAAAACGUCAGUACGGAAAAGCCAAAUGGGCUUGUAUAAAAAUGAAAGAAAAACAGUAUGAACAGAGCAUAUGCCUUGGAUUCAUGAAGCUUAUGAGGUACAUUUGUGAGCAGAAUUCCUCAGGACUGUACUUGGGGAUAACAAUACCCAUUGUGACCAUAGUCCAUACAAACGAAUCUCAAUCGGAGAUGACGCGGUCAGUGACAGUAGCGUACUACCUGCCUGAAGUGCUGCAGGACGAGCCGCCGCAGCCUUUCGACUCUGACAUAAUCAUUGAAGAAUGGCCUUCUACUAUUGUUUAUAGUAGGAGCUUCAGAGGAAUCACCAAUGAAGACUCUAUAAUGAGAGAAAUAAACAUCUUGGCGGAAAUUCUGGAGAGUCCCGAGUUAUGUUUGCAGGACACAUUCAUCAUUGCAGGAUACACAAAUCCAGCUGCUGCCAAUCGACACAACGAGAUAUGGUUCCUUGAAAGGCCAUAG